CGAGACGUAUGGGCGGCACACAUCUCAGGUGUUCAAGUGGCAGCCGGAGCUCUUCUCGUCCACGACUACUUGCUGACCUUGAACAAAGAGGUCUCAUGCAUGGUCGGAAAACGCUGGUCUUUCUCCCGAAUGGUCUUUACCAUCGCGAGAUAUACGCCUUUUGUUGGAACGGCUUUCACUUUAAUAUCGGCAUUUCUCAUGUCUAACAAUGAGGGACUGUGCGAGGGAGCCGCUAUUGCUGAUAAUAGUAUUCAUAUUGCUAGCAUAGUUGCAGCGGAAUGCCUAAUUGUAGUGCGUGUUCAUGCGUUGUGGGAGCGCAACAAGUUUGUCCUGUUUGGCCUGACGGCGCUUGGUGUAGCCUUGGGCGCUGUGGUUUGUGUGCUGCUGUUCUCCCACGUUGAGUUACCCGGCACAGUUGAUGACUACAACCCAUGUAUCUUCGCGGCCUCCGCCGCCGGAGGAUACACCUACAGCGCUUUGUUGAUUUUUGAAUAUGCUUUGCUGUUUCUUAUCGUCCUGAGACGCCAUAUGGACAGGAGCAAUAUGUGUGCUUUUCAGCGAAAGCUUUACAGGGAUGGAAUCAUAUACAUGGCCUCUGUACUGGCGAUAACCAGCACCAAUGUCGUGGUGUCUUUUAAGGUAACUGAAUCGUACAGCGAGGUUCUCAAUGCUCCACAGGUAGUGAUGCAUAGCGUUCUUUCAUGCCGCAUACUCUUCCGUAUGAAGGAAAACAGCUGUAUUCCCACAGGGGUCGAGGAGAGGACAGAGGAACAGUCCACAGGGGGGCAGGCUGUGACAGACCGAACAAUAUUUAGUAGUGUAGUGAUGUUAUCGCAGGAAUCGUCAUUAAUAUAGCACGUAUAAUCGCC